AAGAUAGACGACAUCAACACCAACAAUUCCCCACACCCGAGUAUCACAAUGUCAGACCACCGCUACUCAUUCCCAGCAGCACUCACCCUCAUCACAAUCCUCUUCACAUCUAGGGUUCAAUCGAUCGGAGUAAACUGGGGCACCAGUGCAUCCCACCCUCUGCCGCCGUCAAAGGUUGUUGAGCUACUCAAACUCAACAAAAUCACCAAGGUUAAACUCUUCGACUCCAACCCACAAGUCUUGGAAGCCCUCUCUAACUCCGUCAUUGACGUCACUGUCGGCAUUCCUAAUUCCAUGCUCCGUACGUUGAACUCUUCUGUCAAAUCUGCUGAAAGCUGGGUUCAUGAUAAUCUCACUCGUUACCUCUCUGCUCGUACGAGGAUCGAGUACAUUACCAUCGGAGAUGAGCCAUUUCUCCAAAGCUACGGUUCACGGUUCUACCCUUUUGUGGUUGGUGCAGCCAUUAACAUCGAAGCAGCAUUGAUCCGAGCUAAACUAUCAAAGAAGGUCAAAGUCGUCAUUCCAUGUAGCUUUGAUGCAUUCGGGUCAGAAUCCGGUCAACCCUCAAAAGGACACUUUCGACCCGAUAUUAACAAAACCAUGAUUCAAGUACUCAAUUUUCUUACCAAAACCCAAUCUCCUUUCUUUGUAAACAUCUCGCCUUUUCUUAGUUACUAUCAAAACAAAAACAUUUCACUUGAUUUUGCUUUGUUCAAGGAAGCCGCACGUCCUCAUAAUGAUACACAUAGAUUAUAUAAAAACAGCUUCGAGUUAAGCUACGAUACUCUUAUUACCGCUUUAACGGUUGCAGGGUUUCCGAACAUAGACAUUGUAAUCAGCCAAAUCGGCUGGCCGACUGACGGAGCUCCUAACGCUACAGUUUCAAACGCUGAGAUAUUCACAAAGGGUAUUUUAGACCAUUUCCGUAACAAAAAAGGGACCCCAAUUCGGCCUCGGGUGAUGCCACUAGAAUUUUACAUUCAUGCUCUUUUAGAUGAAGAUCAAAGAAAUAUAACCGUGGGCAAUUUCGAAAGACAUUGGGGCGUGUUUACGUUUGACGGGCAAGCCAAAUACCAGGUUGAAUUUAGUCAAAGCACCAAAAGUCUUGUGAAUGCACGUAGUGUGGAGUAUUUCGCUUCUAGGUGGUGUGUAGUAAAUAAUAAUAUUGACAUGUCGAAUGCAACUGCACGCGCUAUGGAGGCAUGUACAAAUGCUGACUGUACCGCACUUUCGCCGGGUAGUUCGUGUUUUAACCUUAGUUGGCCUGGUAACGUGUCGUAUGCGUUUAAUAGUUACUAUCAACAGCAUGAUCAAAGGGCUGAUAGUUGUGACUUUGGUGGGCUGGGAAUGAUCACAACCGUUGAUCCAUCGGUUGGUAAGUGUAGGUUCAAUGUAGAACUAAAAGCUUCUUUUUCGGUUUCGCUUCUUGGGUCAAAGUUUGACUGUUCGUUGAUGUUGAUUGUUUUAAUGGUUUGGUUGCUGUUAGAGAGGUUUUGAUGGAAAAGUUGUAUGUAGCAAGUAGAUUAGUGUUAUGGAUUGUUGAUGAACAACUUUGUUUU